UCCACACUCCCUAUAAAUACUGUCGAUGUGACGUCACGGCCAUGUGACCUCAUCUUUGUCAGUGAACAAAAUGGCGCCGUACUGUGUCCUGGCAGGCCGGCUACAGCAAGUCUUGGGCUAUGGAGCUCGUAAAUACCAUAUUUCAGCCGUCAUGUGCCAGAGAGCCAAGGUGGCAAUGAGCCACUUUGAGCCCAAUGAGUAUGUCAACUAUGAGAAACUGGAAAAAACCAUACACAUUGUUCGUAAGCGUUUGGACCGUCCCCUUACAUUGUCAGAGAAGAUCGUGUAUGGUCAUAUUGAUGACCCUGUAAAACAGGAAAUAGUAAGGGGGAAGACCUACCUUCGGUUACGCCCUGAUAGGGUAGCCAUGCAGGAUGCCACAGCUCAGAUGGCCAUGAUGCAGUUCAUUAGCAGUGGGCUGCCUAAAGUGGCUGUGCCUUCAACCAUCCACUGUGACCAUCUGAUUGAGGCCCAGCUUGGUGGAGAUAAGGAUCUCAAAAGAGCAAAGGAUGUCAACCAGGAAGUUUAUAACUUUUUGGCAACUGCUGGAGCGAAAUAUGGUGUUGGUUUUUGGAAACCAGGCUCAGGCAUCAUCCAUCAGAUUAUCCUGGAAAACUAUGCAUAUCCUGGAGUUCUCCUCAUUGGUACAGACUCUCACACUCCUAAUGGCGGUGGUUUGGGGGGCGUCUGCAUCGGAGUUGGUGGGGCUGAUGCUGUAGAUGUCAUGGCCGGAAUACCCUGGGAACUGAAAUGUCCGAACGUCAUUGGUGUUAGAUUGACUGGAAAGUUAUCAGGAUGGACUUCACCAAAAGAUGUAAUUCUGAAAGUAGCGGGCAUCCUGACUGUGAAGGGUGGCACUGGAGCCAUUGUAGAAUAUCAUGGUCCCGGAGUAGACUCAAUCUCAUGUACUGGAAUGGCCACAAUCUGUAAUAUGGGGGCGGAGAUUGGUGCCACAACAUCUGUAUUCCCCUACAACCACCGCAUGAAAAAAUAUUUGGACAAAACAGGACGUUCAGAGAUUGCAUCUCUAGCAGAUGAGUUCAAGAGUAAUCUGGUACCAGAUGAAGGCUGUGAAUAUGACCAGUUGAUUGAAAUUAACUUGGAUGAGCUAAAACCAUACAUAAAUGGGCCUUUCACUCCAGACCUAGCCACACUGGUGUCUGAGGUGGGAACUGUUGCAGAACAGAAAGGAUGGCCUUUGGAUAUCAGAGUUGGUCUGAUUGGCAGUUGUACAAACUCCAGCUAUGAGGACAUGGGUCGUGCUGCAGCCGUUGCCAGACAGGCUUUAGCACACGGACUGAAGUGCAAAUCCCAGUUUACCAUAACUCCAGGCUCUGAACAAAUUAGAGCCACCAUCGAGCGAGAUGGUUAUGCCACUGUACUUCGUGAUGUGGGAGGUUUAGUGCUUGCAAAUGCUUGUGGACCUUGCAUUGGACAGUGGGAUAGGAAGGACAUUAAGAAGGGAGAGAAGAACACCAUUGUGACCUCCUAUAACAGAAACUUCACGGGAAGGAAUGAUGCAAACCCAGAGACUCAUGCCUUUGUCACAUCCCCAGAGAUAGUCACUGCUUUAUCAAUAGCUGGUACCUUAAAGUUUGACCCAGAAAAAGAUUUUCUCACUGGUGCUGAUGGGAAGAAAUUCAAACUGCAGCCACCAGAUGCAGAUGAGCUGCCGAAGUCGAGCUUUGACCCUGGUCAGGACACCUACCAAUAUCCACCGAAGGAUGGCUGCAGUGAACCUGUGGAUGUGAGUCCCUCCAGCCAGCGUCUACAGCUCCUGGAGCCUUUCGACAAAUGGGAUGGGAAAGAUCUGGUCGACAUGAAGAUUCUCAUAAAGGUGAAGGGCAAGUGCACAACAGAUCACAUUUCUGCAGCUGGCCCCUGGCUGAAAUUUAGGGGUCACUUGGACAAUAUUUCUAAUAACUUGCUGAUUGGUGCCAUCAACAUUGAGAACAACAAGGCAAACAGUGUCAAGAACUUUCUGAGCCAGGAAUAUGGAGCUGUCCCUGACACUGCUCGCUAUUAUAAGGCACAUGGAAUUAAAUGGGUGGUAAUCGGUGAUGAGAACUAUGGAGAGGGAUCCAGCAGAGAGCAUGCAGCCCUGGAGCCACGGCACUUAGGGGGCAGAGCCAUCAUUACCAAGAGCUUUGCUAGAAUUCAUGAAACCAACCUGAAGAAGCAGGGACUCCUACCUCUCACCUUCGCUGACCCAACAGACUAUGAGAAGAUUCAUCCGGAGGAUAAGAUAACAAUUGCCGGACUCAAGGAUUUGGCACCUGGGAAGCCUGUGCAGUGCAUAAUCACCCAUCAGAAUGGUAAACAAGAAACCAUCCUCCUGAAUCACACCUUCAAUGAGACACAGAUUGAAUGGUUCCAGGCCGGCAGUGCACUCAACCGUAUGAAAGAGCUUCAGCACUAGAAUCGCAUCUGGCCACAUGCUUUUUCUUUUCCAGUAACAUAGACUGUUCAGUCCCAGAAUGAUUGAUUGCAUCAGAAUGGUUAAUCACCUAACUAUACAGCAUUAUGAAAUACAUCUUAAACCGUAUUCCAAUUUUAUUUUAUUUUUCCCCCCCUUCUAAGACCUUUUCCAGGACCUGCUGCAGUAUGAUCCGUAUGCCAUGCCUGUUUCUUGUAUUUAUUGGCAAUUACUAUUGCUGCUGUGAUGUUCUCCUCCAGUCUGUGGAAAGCUUAAGAUCCAUGCUGCAACUCCAAAAGUAUAUUUUAACUCCAAAGUAGUUGUAAAACGUCCAAUCAUACAAGGAUUUUUCUAUUUCGGUCAUGCCUAAAUAAAUAUUUUUCUUGUUGCAUUGCGUCCAUUUGAACACUGUUUAAAUGGAGUUCGAUCAGCCUAUGUGACUACUACUUUACAACCGUGCAAAAUGAACAGUGGAAAUCUCUAGAUGCGUGGCUCUGUCUGUGCUGUGUUCAACAUUGUGCUGGCUUUUAUUCCAUCCUGCAAGACUUACUGUGAAACUUUACUGUCUGAUAUUGUUGGUAACAUCUUGUUGAUGCCCGAUAAGAUAAACCAUACUUUAAAGAGUAGAAAGAUCAGCUAAGGCAUUGUAAUGCUCUGUAAAGGAAAUAAAUUGUAUCUGGGGCAAAAUGUAA